CCCAUGUUCAGAAGGCUGGCUCAAGGCGGACCAAAUCGACUUCUGUUCCACUCAUUUUGAGUGCAGCAGCCGCAGCCGCAGCCACAACCACAGCAGCAGAAUGGCACUCCGAGCAGCCUGCCUGAUCGUGUGCCUUUUCAGUGUGGCCCAGAUAACAACGCAGCAGAACAUCAAAUUUAAGAAGAAGCCAGAGAAUAAGAAAGAUGUGGUAAACCUCAGAAUGAUUGAAGAGCUGAAGGAGCAGCUAGACACCCUCUCCCAGGAGGUGAUUCUUCUCAAAGAAAAGCAAGCACUUCAGACAGUUUGUCUGAAAGGCACCAAGAUCAAUCCAAAGUGUUUCCUGCUUUUUCCCAAUGCCAAGACCUACCACGAAGCCAGUGAAGACUGCAUUUCUCAAGGUGGCACCCUCAGUACCCCCCAGACAGGAGAUGAAAACGAUGGUCUCUAUGAGUACAUGAGGAAGAGCAUUGGGUCUAACAUGGACAUCUGGAUCGGUGUUAAUGACAUGGCCAUUGAAGGAAGUUGGGUGGACAUGACAGGCAACAGCAUUGCCUACAAGAACUGGGAAACAGAGAUCACCAUCCAGCCUGAUGGUGGGAAGUUGGAAAACUGUGCAGCCUUGUCAGGGGUUGCCAUUGGCAAGUGGUUUGAUAGGAGGUGCCGAGAUAAAUUGCCUUACGUGUGUCAGUUCAUGAUUGUUUAAGAGGAAGAUUCAUGGUGGGGAACAGAAGAUCAAAGCAUUCCAUUUAGCAUCUGGAAAAAAAGUCUUCUUUGUGUGUGCGUGUGUGCAUUCACCCUUGCACACAGACAUGCACACCCCUGCAGAGAGUUUGUAGAUAUAGAUAUAUAGAUACAUUUUGAAGCAGAUAAAGUCAUGAUUUCAUAAUGGAUUAGAAUGAAUUAGGCUGAAGCUGGAUCGUAACCAACCAGCAUCAAUUUGGUAGCAAUUGCGCUGUUGUUCUUGAGAAGGCACUAGUCAUAGACAUAUAUUUUUUUACAACUAGCACUUCGUUGGGCCAGAUCUUAUUACCUCCCUCUUCCA